CUGAAUCCUGAGCGUUCGACAAUAUUCCAAGGUAGCGGUGUUCACUGUCGGUCUACAGGCAAGGCGGAAGAUAUAGCUGGAGGCAUUUCUUUGUUUCACAAUGCAUUCUUGGCACUGAUGGCCAAACAGAGCUCAACCCUUGCGGCGUUGCCGAGAGCGGAGGUCUGUGCCUACUGGGUGCUCUCUUUUGGCUCCCAUCUCUACUCAUUCUAUCAACUGCACAUAUUCUCCAAAGAGCAUGAAGCAGGAUUGGAGAGACAGUUCCAACUGGAGAAAGGCUUUCUAAUAUGGGGGCAUAAAAAGGACCCUACAGACUUUGAGUGGARUUUCUGGAGUCACUGGGCUAGAAAGUCUUUGCUGUGGACUUUGUUGGGCCAUGCCGUGGUCUCCAGACUAGCCAGCUUCUUCAUUCCUGAGUUCAGACUGACAGCUCUGUUGGCCUAUGGUCUCCUUGCGGCUUGCUGUGCAGUGGGGAUUAAAGGAGUGGGCGUGGUCCUUGGCCAUCUGGGCCUGUCAUUGGCUGUUGCCCAGCUGUGUAACCCUGCCCUGUCCUGGAGCUGUGCCCUACUGCUACUUUCCACCCUCCACAUCCCCCUACUGCAGGAGAUACAAAGAAGCUGGUACCAGACAGAAGAGGAGUACUACCUCUUACUCUUCAGUGUGGCAGUGUGUGGCCUGCGCUUCAUCAGCUUCAGCCUGGAGCACUGCUGGCGCCCCCUGGAGGCUGGAGGACUGCAGCAGCAGGUCUACUGGCUGACCGCUUACUCCUUCUACCAUCCUUUGUUCUUCAACGGACCCAUCCUCACCUUCAAGGACUUCCUCCAACAGAUGCAGGUACCUGUGAAGGAUCAUGGUGCUAGGAUUACGUUCCUCUCGCUGCUGGCCAACGCUGGCAGGAUCUGUGUGUGGUGGUUUAUAGCGGAGUACAUGAUACACCUGAUGUACAUGCACACUAUACAGGCCAACGAAACAUAUCUGGAGAUCCUGCCACCUUGGGCUUUGGGUGGGCUGGCCCUGGCAUUAGUCCAGUUCUUCUAUGUGAAGUACCUGGUUCUGUUUGGUGUUCCGUCUCUGCUAGCUGGAAUGGAUGGGCUGGCCCCCCCGAAGCUACCACGCUGUGUCAGCAUUAUGCACAGUUUCACAGGAAUGUGGAGACACUUUGACGUCGGGCUGUAUCACUGGCUCAUCAGGUACAUUUACAUCCCAUUAGGAGGCUCUCACCACGGGCUGCUGUGGAAGAUGCUGUCCACGGCUCUGGCAUUUGGCUUUGUGUGUUUCUGGCAUGGAGGACAUGACUACCUACAGUACUGGGCUCUGAUGAACUGGGUCGGGGUGCUGGUGGAGAAUGGAGUGACAAUCCUCAUCUCUUCUCCCCUCGUCUAUCCAUCUAUUGAGCGCUGUAUCUCCCCAGCCAUGAGGAGGCGAUGUUUGGCUCUCAUCUCAUCCUUCUCCACAGCCAUGCUCAUUCUGUCCAACCUCAUCUUCCUUGGGGAAAACCAUGUCGGCAGGAUCAUGUGGAAGAGGGUCUUUAUACAAGGUUGGUGUACAGUGGCUCCACCCAUGUUAGCCUUCCUCUAUUGCUUUGCCCAGAUUGGACUGGAGUGGGAACACAACCCACCUUAAAUCACCAACCCCACAGAGACUGUUGGAAGGGAGGCAGAACUCACCCUAAUCCACCAACACACAGUGCUGACUCUGCUAUGUGGGGAGAACAACCCACCUUAAACCACCCCACAGUGGACUCAGGUAGCCUAACAGUUAAGAGCGUUAGGCCAGUAACGAAAAAGUUGCUGGUUCGAAUCCUGAGGUGAAAAAUCUCUGUGCCCUUGAGUAAG